AUGGAUGCUCAAAAACGGCAUUCAGUAAUUGAACGUAUUCAAGAACAGUCGUCAUUUACUAUAUUUCAGCCAACCUUUUUCAGUUCCUCAUUCGAGCCAGAAUCACUUGAAGACUUUGAUUUCGAAUCUGCACCUAUGCAUCACUUGCCUACUACAAAAGAAGACGAUGAACAGGACCCCAUUCAUCAAUCAUCAGGCCUCACAUCGAAUUCAAAUGUCACUAGCUACGCUAGUACAGCGCCCAUCCUUCAGCAACAACAUCAACAAUCUUAUUCCAAACACGAGCAAACUUUAACCACAGCCACAGAGGAAUACAGCCUCAAAGCAAUCGAUCCAAAGAGAAAUUCAAUGAAUGAUACAACAGAAGGAUCAGACACUGGAUUAUCGGCAGCAGCGGCAGAGGAUUCCCAAGAAACUUUAAAUUCCAAGCAUGUAUCAUUACAGCAACAAGAGCAGCAGCCUCGGUAUGUAUUAAAGAAGCAACCUUAUCGUAAUUAUCAAAUCUUCCCGGGACAUACAAGAUUUCUUCUUGGUGGAAGACUGGUGACAAGUAGAGAUUAUCGGGCCUUUGUUGCUGCAUUAUUCAUAUUGAUCUCUCCUACUGUGUUAUUUGCUAUUUUCACAUGUCCAUUCUUAUGGAACCAGGCUCAUCCAGCUUUGCCCAUUGUGUUUGCUUAUCUCUUUGUGCUUGCUUUUGUCUCAAUGCUAAAGACGUCUUGGACGGAUCCAGGGAUUAUUCCUCGCAAUUUGGAUCCAAUCGCUCAGGAUAUUCUGGAUGAAAGUGCAAGUGUCGAUUCAGAAGCUCCACCCAAAGAAAUUUGGAUCAAAAAUACAUCCUAUUCACUGAAAUACUGCGAUACAUGUAUGAUCUACCGUCCUCCUCGAGCAAGUCAUUGUAGACAAUGCAACAACUGUGUUGAGUUUGAGGAUCACCAUUGUGCUUGGUUGAACAACUGUGUAGGCAAACGCAACUACCGCUCAUUUUUCACAUUCAUCACAAGCUCUGCCUUGCUUUGCAUAUUUGUCAUUUGCUCAGUCGUUUAUGAGUUGCUGUUUAUCUCGAGAAACCAAGUAGAUCAACCAGCAAGUUUUGGCGAGGUGUUCUCACAAGCGCCUGUAAGCUUUGUACUUUCCAUCUAUUGCUUUGUUUUAUUGUGGCUGGUUGGUGGACUUACCUUGUAUCAUUGUUCUCUUGUUCUUCGCGGUGUUAGUACACAUGAGCAGAUAAGAGCAGAUAUCAUUAGAGCAAAGUAUCCUGAAUUACGUGCGAAUCCUUACAGCAAGAGCAGCCCAUUGAAAAAUAUGAUUCAGGUCUUAUGUCAGCCUCAGCCCAAAAGUUAUUUGCGACGUCGUAAAAUGGCUGAUCCAAUAAUCGAAAAGCUUUCUUAA